UUUCUCCAGAUCACUUGGGAAAAGAACUGAGGUAUUUGACUCUAAUACAGAUUCACUUGGCUGCAACAGGACACUUUAACAUCCGGAUCCUGCAGCUAACAUGGCCACUGAGAAAAGACUGUCUGCGAGGCGCAAGCAUACUCUGAAGAGCUGUAUGCUGGUGGUGGCGGGUCAUUUGUUGGACGCCGAGGCGGCGGUGAAGGCUGAGGAGAGGGAGAAGUUCCUGUCAAACAAAUGUCCUCCUCUGGAGCUGCCGUACUCCAAGGAGGAGCUCAUGGAACUUUGCGAGAAACUUCAUGAGCAGAUUGACCUCAGUGAAGAGGAGAGAUACAGCAUAGAGUUCAAGCUGAACAUGGUUCUCAAUGAGGUCAGAGAUCUCAACAUCAAGAUUGUGGAUCUGAGGGGAAAGUUCAAGAGACCUCGGCUGAAGAAAGUGCGUAUGUCCGCUGACGCCAUGCUGAAGGCUCUGCUGGGCUCCAAGCACACAGUCAACAUGGACCUGAGGGCCAACCUGAAGCAGGUCAAGAAGGAGGUCAAGGAGGAGGACAAGCAGCUGCGCGACGUGGGAGACUGGCGUAAGAACAUUGAAGACAAGUCUGAUAGGAAGAAGAUGUUUGAUAGUUAAAUGUCAUCUGUCAUUGAUUGUUGGGAGUGAUUUCAGGACAGAAUUCAGGUCUCCCGCCGUUGUAACUGAAGAGUUUUAUUUCAAAAUGCUGCGUAUCCACCUUAACUGUGACUUUUAUUGAACAGAUAAGGCUGCGGAGGUUUUUACUGAUAAACGGUGUGUUUUUUAAGCUUCUGGUGUGGUACAGUAAGUGAUAAAUGGCCUUAAUCUCCUCAACUGGCUCACAGGCUGAUGGUGGUUGACUGUGCAGACGUG